GAACGUAGGCGAGAAUAGAUGGGGAAGGUGAGCAAGCUCUCAGUUUUGGAGAACGGAGCAGCAGUAGAAGCGGAAGGACUCUUCUUUCUCUUGGGACUCGAUUACUCGAAGGAAGCGAUGGAGUCGGGGUCUGGAUUUCUUCAGGAGCAGGAGCCGCAAAUGGACAAGCGGGGCUACGGGAGCCCGAGCGUGUCUUCCUUGGGGAGCUCGAGGAGCGGGCUGACGGAGAUCGAGGAGGAGCCGGCGGUGGCGGAGGAGGAGAAAGUAUAUGUAGCUCUUGGGAAGGAAGUGAAGGAGGGGAAGGCGAAUCUUCUUUGGGUUCUAGAGAACACCUCCAGGGAGAAGAAGAUCGUUAUUGUCCAUGUCCAUCGCCCAGCGCAAAAGAUUCCAAUGAUGGGAGCCUGGUUCCCUGUUAACCAGCUAAAAGAGCGUGAGGUUAAAGCAUAUUGGCAGAUCGAGAGGGAGAAAAUGAACAAAAGUUUAAAUGGAUACCUGGACAUAUGUGAAUGUUUCAAGGUACAAGCGGAGAAACUAGUGAUUGAGACAGAUGAUGUUAGCAAAGGGCUUGUGGAGCUCAUAGCGAAGCAUGGGAUAACCAAACUGGUCAUGGGAGCAGCAGCAGACAAACAUUAUUCAAGGAAAAUGAAGGAGCUAAGGUCUAAGACAGCGCUCAGUGUGCAGCAGCAGGCUGAUCCAUCAUGCAAGAUCUUGUUUGUUUGCAGAGGGAAACUGAUCUGUGUGAGGGAUGCUGAUCAAGAUGGACCUCAUAGCAGUAAGGGGAGUGUUACUGAUCCCUGGGAGUUUAUCACAAGGAGCUUACAGUCUUCGGACUGUUCAUUGGGUUCUAUGAGUGAAGGGGGGCUCAGCAGUGUGGGCUUGUCGCUAGCUCUUAAGGAUGAGGGGAGAGAAGAGGGAUCUUUGAGUUUACCAUCAUUUCACGAGUCUGAAGAGGAUCUUCAGUUUUCAUCUUUACAUCAUGGUUUGGAUGAUGUUGGCAUGCAUGACGAAGUAUAUGAAAAACUGCUACUUGCCCUCAUGGAAGAAGAGAAUUUGAAACGUGAAGCUUGGAAGCAUCAGAAAGCUGAAAGCGAUUUAUUUGAAGCUACCCAAAAUGUAAAAGCAGCAGACAAUUUAUACACCGAAGAGUUGAAAGAGAGGAAAAAAAUUAAGGAAACAUUGGCAAGAGAAAGGAUAGAAUCGGAGAAGCUCAAAAAACAACGAGAUGAUAUCUUAGAAGAACUCCAAAAGGCUCAUGCACAGAGAAUGGCAUUGGAACUCCAAAUUACCGAUUCUGAUCACACUGUUAAGAAUUUUGAAGAAAAACUUUCAGAAACUCAUCAUCUCCUCAAUUUACUCCGACUAGAAAAUGAAAAGUUAAAGAGUGACCGAGAUAAUGCAGUUGUAGAAGCUGAAAACCAGCAUCAAAUGAAAGCAGAGAUGACUAAUAGCACUCAUGGAACAGCAAACAUCUCUGAGUUCUCUUAUGCGGAAUUGAAACAAGCAACUCUUGACUUUGAUGAUUCAUUAAAGCUUGGAGAAGGCGGAUAUGGAAGUGUGUAUAAGGGUUUCCUUCGCCACACAAUGGUGGCUAUAAAGAUGUUGAAUCCUCAAAGCAUGCAGGGACAGUCAGAAUUUCAUCAAGAGGUGGAUGUUCUUAGUAGAGUGAGGCAUCCAAAUCUUGUCACCCUCAUAGGAGCAUGCCCAGAAGCCUGGGCUCUCAUUUAUGAGUUUCUUCCAAAUGGAAGCUUGGAAGACCGCCUUGUCUGCAGAGACAACACCCCACCUCUCUCUUGGCAGAUUCGCAUCCUCAUUACUGCAGAGAUCUGCUCUGCACUGAUCUUCCUCCAUUCCAGCAAACCCUGUGGCGUGGUCCAUGGUGAUCUCAAGCCAGCUAAUAUUCUCCUUGAUGCAAACUUCACCAGCAAGCUUGGCGACUUUGGCAUCUGCCGCUUCCUUGUGCAGUCCAACACCAGCACCACCCUCUACUGCCAGACCAAUCCUAAGGGCACCUUUGCCUACAUGGACCCUGAAUUUCUUACAUCUGGCGAGCUCACACCACACUCUGAUGUGUAUUCCUUUGGCAUCAUAAUCCUACGCCUUUUGACAGGAAGACCACCAUUGGGUAUUAUCAAAAAGGUGCGGGAGGCAUUGGAGAAAGGAUGCCUGGAUGAGAUACUAGAUGCUUCUGCAGGGGGCUGGCCUUUUGUGCAUGCCAACCAGUUGGCUCAUCUAGGUUUGAAAUGCUGUGAGGCUAAAAGGAAGAGACGUCCAAAUCUCGCAGGGGAGGUUUGGAGGGCGCUUGAGCCCAUGAUGAAGGCCAUCUCUUCCAAGGGGAUGUCUUGUUUGUCGCUGAGGUCAGCUUUGGAGGACAAUGGCUGCAUACCAUCCUACUUUACCUGUUCAAUAUCUAAGGAGAUCAUGAAGGAUCCACAUGUUGCAGCUGAUGGCUUCUCAUAUGAAGCUGAGGCAAUAAAAGGAUGGCUUGAUAGCGGUCGCGAGACAUCACCCAUGACUAACCUCAAGCUUCCUCACUGUGGACUUGUUCCUAAUCAUGCCCUUCGUUCUGUGAUUCAACAAUGGUUGCAGCAGCAAAAUAAUUUCCCUUCUUUGGUUGCAUGGCCAAACGUGGUUAACUGGUUUGCACCCCACUCCACAUCAGAGAGGUCCUGAGCUCUUAAACACAUGUUUUUUGGUGACAUAAUUGGUGCUCACAAGCAUCCCUUUUUUUUUUCAUUGGUUCGCCGAAAACAGAUUUUAGAUUUCUAAUAUUUGUAUGUAUGUACGUAUGUAUGUGUAGAGAGAGAGAGUUGCAUAAAAUAGUUCUUUCAAUUUGGUAAGAAGGAUAUGGGAUGCAAAUUUAUUGUGUUUCAAGUUCAUAAAAUGGUUCUUUCGAUUUGGCAAGGAAAAACAGUUCUUUUUUAUUUUCCUUGUACGUCUCCAUAUGAACUACAGGGUUGCUACAA